GAGUCGAGCCGCCGGUGUUGUUGGCGGCGGCGCCAUAUUGGAAGGGACGAGCCCCCGUUAGCGAGAAGCCCCUUGGCGCUGGCCCGGCCGCCGCCAUGCUGUAUCUGGAGGACUAUCUGGAGAUGAUCGAGCAGCUUCCCAUGGAUCUGCGCGACAGGUUCACCGAGAUGCGCGAGAUGGACCUGCAGGUGCAGAAUGCAAUGGAUCAGCUCGAGCAGAGGGUCAACGAAUUUUUUAUGAAUGCAAAGAAGAACAAACCUGAAUGGAGAGAAGAACAGAUGACAUCAAUCAAAAAAGAUUAUUAUAAGGCUUUGGAAGAUGCAGAUGAGAAAGUACAGCUGGCUAAUCAAAUAUAUGAUUUGGUAGACCGUCACUUGAGAAAACUGGACCAGGAACUUGCUAAAUUUAAAAUGGAACUUGAAGCAGACAAUGCUGGAAUCACAGAAAUAUUAGAGAGACGAUCCCUGGAGCUGGAUACACCAUCUCAGCCUGUGAAUAACCACCACGCCCAUUCUCACACUCCAGUAGAGAAAAGGAAACACAAUCCAUCGUCUCACCACGGUGCAACAGAUCAUGUUCCUGAGAAGAAGUUUAAAUCUGAAGCUCUUCUAUCUACCCUUACUUCAGAUGCCUCUAAAGAAAAUACACCAGGGUGUCGAAACAAUAAUUCAUCAUCCUCUUCAAACAAUGCAUACAAUACAAACUCUUCUCAACCAUUGGCAUCAUAUAACCUCGGCUCAUUAUCUUCAGGAUCUGGGGCCGGUGCUAUUACCAUGGCAGCAGCUCAAGCAGUGCAAGCCACAGCACAGAUGAAGGAAGGAAGAAGAACAUCCAGUUUAAAAGCCAGCUACGAAGCAUUUAAGAACAAUGAUUUUCAGCUUGGAAGAGAAUUUUCAUUAUCUAGAGAUUCAACUGGGUAUUCAUCAUCAGCUCUGGCAUCGACAUUAACACAAACAUUAAGUUCAUCAAGCACAGAUUCACGAAGUGGCAGAAAAAGCAAAAACAACAACAAAUCCUCAAGUCAGCAGUCGUCGUCAUCUUCCUCUUCAUCCUCUCUGUCGUCAUGUUCUUCAUCAUCUGCACUGGCACAAGAACUGUCCCAGCAAACAGCAGUAAUACCAGAGUCUGAUUCUAAUAGCCAGGUUGACUGGACAUAUGAUCCAAAUGAGCCACGUUACUGCAUCUGUAAUCAGGUGUCCUAUGGUGAGAUGGUAGGCUGUGAUAACCAAGAUGUAAGUAGUAAAGUUCAGAAUGUUCAUAAGAGAAGCCUUGUGCAUGUAACUGUUGCUUACAGGAGUUACUUUUCUGUAGUGCUUCUUAUGUUUUCAGUUUUAAUGAAAACAGGGACAAGUAAAGCUCUUUGUGCUUUACAUACACACAACAAAAAAAGUAAUUAUUUUUCCUUUUCCCAUUCAAAUAGCUUACCUGACUUCAGACUUAAACAUAUAGGAUGGGUGGGAACAAGCAGAGAGAAAAUAAAAUGUUUUUAAUAUUAAUCUUUCCAGCCAUAUAGGAGUUCAUGUAUUCUUCACAGUAAGGUUCAAUUACUGUGUGUAACAAGACUAUUCAGAAACCGCAAACCUUGCUGUUAAGAACUUUUAGGUGUGUGUAGCACUUCCAUUCUAAACAAAACUGCCCCUUGCCAACUUCCUUGUGCUUGAAGGACUUUUUUUUUUUGCUUAGAUAAAAAUCCUAGACAAAAAUUAAAAGUGGAACUUGCAUUAAACCAUCAUUCAUCCCUGAUCACGGUCUUAAACAUCAUAAAUACAUACUUUUAAUGUACUUUUUCUCUAUGAGUAGCUUCAAAUUUAAAAAGAUAAGUCCUGACCUUGAAAAUUCCUUAAGUAUUGGGAAUGUACCACUUAGGAUUCUGAUAUUCAUGGAUUUCACUUCUACUGCUUUGGAUUUUUUGUUCUUAUUUCAUCUUUCGUGACUUCCAAUGAGACUGAAAGGAAUCAUGCAGAAAAUCAGUUGAGGAGUAAAGAAGAGAAAGCAAGAAGUUUGCAUUUGACAUUAGAAAUAGUAGUAGUGCCAGCUUCCUAGAAAACUUCAUGGAAAACUUCAAACAGAAGUAGAGCUUAAAUAUUUGUGUGAGAAGUAUGAUGUGAAUUAACAUGCAUACAAGUUAAAACAUUUUUCAGGAAACUUCUCCCUAUCUGUCCCCACAGUUCAGAUUCCUUUAGAGGUCUUCUCUCUUUCCUGAGGAAUUUUGACAUACUUGAAAUACCCUUUAUUUCUGGGAACAUCUAGCUAUGUCAGUAUUAAUCCCAAUGGCCUGGUUGAAAUACUGCAAGUUUUAAAAAGCAAGUGAAUGUAAUUAUGUAUUUAAUAAGAUUCUCCUGCAUUCAGUCAGAAGUGAGUGAUUAAGAUUACUGUUGUGUCACUCAGAAUAUUGUUAAGCUAAAUUUAUCAUUAGCACAGCAAACUUAUUUUGUUUUCUAUAUAAAUAAGUCAGUACAUGACUCCUAGAAUUUUUGUUGCUUUCCUUAUGCUGUGGGGUGCAUGUUAGCGUAUGGAUUCCUCCUCUUUUUUCAUUUUAUCCCAUUAUUUGCUUGGUAAAUAGUACCAAAAAGUGUAGGCAAAACCUACACUUUCUACUAGUGCUUCUUUUCAUAGAAUUGUAUGUGAUCACAAUUUAAAAAAAAAACAAACAAACAAAAUCCCCAACCCUCUCUAAACUCUAUUUUUAUAGUGCCCCAUUGAAUGGUUCCAUUAUGGAUGUGUUGGACUGACAGAAGCACCAAAAGGGAAAUGGUACUGCCCACAGUGUACAGCUGCAAUGAAGAGGAGAGGCAGCAGACAUAAAUAAACUUCGUCUGGAAAACAAA